AGGAAGCGGAACGUUUGUGUACAGAAAUGUGUACCCGCAUGGGUACUGUUAUGCUGUUGGGACCGGUGGGACGCAACACAUGCAAAAUGGCGGAGAUAGACGACUGGGACGCUGACGACCUGGCGACAGAAGAACAACCAAAGAAGACGGCUGAGGUGGAUAACUGGGACGAUGAGGACGUCGAUGACGACCCAAAGGAUAGUUGGGCCGACGAAGAAGCCGAAUUGAAAAGGGAAGAACCACAGAAAACAGAAAUAGUAACAUCUGAAAAGAAGAAACAAAGUGAAAAAGAAAAAGAACAAGAGGAAGUGAAGGAAAGAUCUGAGGACAAUGAGGAAGGCGCUGAGCUCACCCCUGAGGAGGGGUCGGAGACGGGAGAGCAGCAGGAGAAGCCGGCUGUGGAGCCGGCCAGUGGAGCCACCGCUGUCGCAGGUGUACCAGGUGGGAUCGAUGCCAUGAGCCCGUCCUCUAAAGAGGACUUCAGUGAAUUUGAGAAGGUGCUGAAAGACAAGCUUUGCCCUUAUGAGGGGUCAGUCCAUUACUCUGGCCUGCUGGAGUCCUUGUUUCAAGACCUCUGCAUCUCAAUGGAGAUAGAGGACUUGAAGAAAAUCAACUCCUCCCUUACCAGUCUACUCAGCGAGAAACAGAAACAAGAGAAGCAACUCAAUAAGGGGAAGAAGAAGAAGAAGGGAGCAGUGACAGUGGGGGGGAUGAAGGCCAAGCUGAAGGAUGACCUCGCGGACUACGGACAGUUUGAGGGAGGCUACACGCAGGACUAUGAGGACUUCAUGUAGAGGCCCCCGCCCGCAUGCCCUCCAACUCCGCUUGAACAUCCAUUUCUUCCCCUCAGAACGAUGCAGUCGUUGUAGUACUGCAACGAUUAACAAAUGGACAGAAAAUGUACUUUUAUAAAAACACCAAACAUGGUGAAUUCGAUUUUCAGAAAUGGAAAAUAAUUAGUAUUUUGGAGUGGUUUUAAGGUCGAUAUGAAUACUCAAGUUUACAUCUGAAUACUCAAGGUUUUCAUCUUAUUAAGAUGCUCCAUGACACUGAUGGAUGAUUAUGGUUUUGCUGUUCUUUAUUGUAUUUCAUGGAGUGAAUGAUUCAUUGAAAACCAACUGGUGGGUUAAUUGAUAGUGUUGGUGGCAGACAUAAGCCUGUCAGACGUUGCUGAAGAACAUCCUGUUGGAGGUUUUCCCUGUAAAAAAUAAUCACUGCAUCCAAAGCAGUGAAUUAACAACAUAAUAAAUCAUCACAUAUGCAGGAAAACUUGUCAACAAAAGGUUUGUGCUUUUCAAAAAAUGUAUUAGAAAAAAAAUUCAUUUAAAGUUUAUUUAAAUGAUGUGACUAUUGAGAAUGGCUUCAUUUAAUCUACUGUUACAAAUAAAUAACACUAUCCCAA